CAACCUCCUCCCCUUUUUGUCACAAACAAAUCAUACGAUAUUUCAAUCCGUGCAGGCCGAUCUAGGUCGGAGCCGUGGCUAAAUGACGCUUGAUCUCGUCCCCGCAUUGAGGGGCUCAUUGUCCGGCGCGGGGUUUAAAACGUUCGGGCAAUCCACUGACAAGAUCCAACCGAUUUUUGAGUUUUUCUGUGGUAUUUGUUGUUGUUGCAUCUUUUUUUAUAUAGAAGAAGACAAUUCGUGAAGUCAAUUAGUCAAGAUGUUGAUCAAGGAAAGUCAUCUCGAUGUCCAAACGACCGUGGAUGGGAAGGAGACGACUAUGAGAAUUUUCGUUUUCCAUCCCACCAUCCCUCAAUACCCUAACGCUAAAUUCCCCGGUGUUGCGCUAUUCAGCGAAAUCUAUCAGGUGACUGGCCCGGUAGCGCGGUUUGCGCGUCAAAUCGCAGGACAAGGCUACAUUGUCGCGGCCCCUUCGUCAUACCAUGACUUCGUUGGCCCGGAGGCGUUGGCCUACGACAACCCAGGUACCGACCUAGGUAACAAGUUGAAGAUAACAAAGACCCUUCAAUCGUACGAUGCGGAUUCCUCCAAGACGGUUGAUUACCUCCUCAGCCUUCCCACCUGCAGCGGUCGGAUAGGCGUCAGUGGAAUGUGCCUUGGGGGCCAUCUUACUGUGCGAGCUAGUCUGGACCCGCGAGUCAAUGCAAGUGUUGCGUACUUUGCGACAGACAUCCACUCUCGCACCCUAGGACCUUACUCCGAAGCCAACACGGCAGUGGAAGGCCCAGCGGGCAGCAACCACACGAUCGACCGGCUAAGCGAGAUCAAGGGUGAGGUAGCGAUGAUAUUCGGCAUCAAGGACACCCACGUGCCGGACAAGGGCCGCGACCUCAUCCGCCAGAAGCUCAGGGACGCGGGUGUCGUGUUCAGCUUCUACGAGUUCGCCUGGGCGCAGCACGCCUUCAUCCGCGACGAGCAGAGCAAGGGUCGCUACGACUCGGCCAUCACCAAGAUUUGCUUCGAGGUGCUGCUGGAGCUGUUCGGCCGCGUCCUGAAGACGGACUUGGGUCCGAGGGAUGACACGCCCGAGAAGAUUGAGCACGUCUGUUAAUGGCAACAUACCUAUCUUAUGAUCUCGGUAGUUCAUAGGUAGAUAGAUACCUAUUAAGAGAAUCGAAUGAAUAAAAAAUGUUCUGAUUGAAUUGAUUAAUUGCUUGCUUGUUGGCUGUUGCCUCUACCCACCUCCCUACUCUUGGU